AUGCAAGUUACCGAAAGUCGCGUGUGGGACAUUUGGUGCCGAGAAAUCCGGGACAAAAACAUCGCCGGCGCUACGAGAGGCCUCCGUGUCACGGAAGAAAUUCAGAAGCUAUGGAAUACAGGUGUACUUAAGCUCCGGCGCCGGCUCUCGGGACGCCACGGCGUCUGUGCGCUGACGCGACAGUGGAAAGACCCUGAAGUAGGGCUUUCAGGACAAUUAACUUGGACAAGACUGCCUCAAGGGUUUAAAAACAGCCCAACGCUCUUUGAUGAGGCCUUACAUCGGGACUUAGCUGACUUUAGGGUUCAGCAUCCCACCCUCAUACUCCUGCAAUAUGUAGAUGACCUCCUCCUAGCGGCCACUUCUGAAACUGCAUGCCAACGGGGAACUGAAUCCCUCUUACAGACUUUGGGACAAUUGGACUACCGAGCCUCUGCCAAAAAGGCUCAAAUUUGCCAGACCCAGGUUACUUAUUUAGGCUACCAGCUACGGGAUGGACAGCGAUGGCUGACCCCGGCCAGGAGACAGACUGUGGCCGGCAUCACUGCCCCCAAGAAUGGCCGACAGCUACGAGAGUUCUUGGGGACAGCGGGAUUCUGCCGCCUCUGGAUUCCUGGGUUUGCUGAAAUGGCAGCCCCUUUGUACCCCCUCACUAAACCGGGGGUGCUCUUCCAGUGGGGACCAGAGCAGCAAAAAGCAUUUGAAAACAUCAAACAGGCCUUAUUGUCCUCCCCUGCCUUGGGUCUCCCUGAUAUUACCAAACCUUUUGAACUGUUCAUCGAUGAGAAACAGGGGUAUGCUAAAGGGGUCCUAACACAAAGGUUGGGACCCUGGAAACGCCCUGUAGCCUACCUGUCUAAGAAAUUGGACCCUGUGGCCUCCGGCUGGCCACCGUGCCUAAGGAUGGUGGCUGCUAUUGCUGUCCUGAUCAAGGAUGCUGGAAAAUUGACUUUGGGACAGCCACUCACCAUCCUAGCACCCCACGCAGUGGAGGCCUUGGUAAAGCAGCCCCCAGACCGCUGGCUCUCUAAUUCCCGCAUGACCCACUACCAAGCCUUGUUACUGGAUGCAGAACGGGUUCAGUUUGGGCCCGUAGUCGCCCUCAAUCCUGCCACCUUGCUUCCUCUACCAGAGGAGGCAGAACAACAUGACUGCCUACAAAUCCUCGCAGAAGUACAUGGAACCAGGCCGGACCUAUCGGACCAGCCUCUUCAGAAUGCUGACCACACAUGGUACACAGAUGGCAGCAGCUUCUUGGCAGAGGGAGAGCGAAAGGCUGGAGCUGCGGUCACUACGGAGGACAAAGUAAUUUGGGCAAAAGCCCUGCCUGCUGGUACCUCCGCACAACGGGCUGAACUCAUCGCCUUGACUCAGGCGCUCAAGAUGGCAAAAGGACACCAGAAGGGGCACAACCCAGAGGCACGAGGAAACCGGCUGGCCGAUGCCACGGCGCGAGAAGUGGCCAUGAGCAAACAAAUCUUACCCUUAAAUAGCCCAGACCAACCCACGCCCCCACCAGUGGGACAAACCAGUUGGGUUUAUGCCCAUGAGGACAUAGAGCUCCUAGAAAAAAUGGGGGCCAUCUACCACCCUCAACUAAAACAGUGGGUCUACAAAGGAAAGACAGUUAUGCCAAUAAAAAUGACUUUUGAAUUGAUCUCUUUUUUACACAAAUUAACCCAUUUGGGGUUUAAGAAGAUGAAAACCUUACUAGAUCGGGAAGAGAUAAAUCUGUGGUUUUUGAAUCGGGACAAAGCGAUACAAAAGGUGACUGAGAGUUGCAAAGCGUGCGCUCAGGUUAACCCGGGAAGGACCAUGAUUGGACAAGGAGUUCGUCCUAGGGGACACCGUCCCGGCAUCCAUUGGGAAAUUGAUUUUACUGAAAUUAAACCAGGUAUGUAUGGAUACAAGUAUCUCCUAGUGUUUGUAGACACCUUCUCAGGAUGGGUCGAAGCCUUCCCCACAAAGCACGAGACUGCAAAAAUGGUCACCAAGAAGCUCCUCGAGGAAAUCUUUCCCAGGUAUGGCAUGCCUCAAGCGUUGGGGUCGGACAACGGGCCCGCUUUCGUCUCCCACGUAAGUCAGUUGGUGGCCAAAUUGCUGGGGAUUGAUUGGAAAUUACAUUGUGCCUAUAGACCCCAGAGUUCAGGUCAGGUAGAACGCAUGAAUAGAACAAUUAAGGAGACUUUAUCCAAACUUACGCUUGCAACUGGCUCAAAGGAUUGGGUGACCCUCCUUCCCCUAGUUCUCUAUCGGGCCCGGAAUACCCCGGGCCCCCAUGGUCUAACUCCUUUUGAAAUAAUGUAUGGAGCACCACCCCCAUUUGUCCAUUUCUUUGAUUCAAACAUUGCUGAUUUCACUGACAGCCCUUCUCUGAGGGCCCAUUUACAGGCCCUACAGAUUGUGCAGAAAGACGUCUGGAGACCUUUGGCCGCUGCUUACCAGGACGAGCUUGAGCAUCCGGUGGUGCCACACCCGUUCCAGAUUGGAGACACCGUGUGGGUGCGCAGACACCAGACCAAGAAUCUCGAGCCACGGUGGAAAGGACCCUACACCGUCCUCCUGACUACCCCGACCGCCCUAAAGGUAGACGGAGUCGCGGCUUGGAUCCACGCAUCACACGUCAAGGCAGUCCGGUCUGAGGAAUUGACUAAUCACAACACUACACCCCAGACAUGGAGAGUUCAGCGCACUCCAAACCCCUUAAAGUUAAAACUCCUACGUGGCUCCUCCUAGUCCUUUUGUGGCCUAGAGUCAGUGGGGGAAUAAGCCCCCACCACAUUUAUAACAUUACCUGGAUAGUCACUAAUCUCAUGACAGGAAGGCUGGCUAAUGCUACCUCCGUAAGGGGGACACUGGCCGAUGCCUUCCCUCCCUUAUACUUUGACCUUUGUGAUGUGAUAGACUACAAGUGGGAGCCUGGCACUACCCAUAAUUGGCAUCCCUCAACCACCUACUAUGGUUGCGGUCCGGCUUCCCACAGCAAAGAGAUCUACGUUUGCCCUGGACACAGAGUGAGCCGGCAGUGCGGAGGGCCGGGGAGUGGGUACUGUGCCCAGUGGGGAUGUGAGACUACUGGGGAUGCGUAUUGGAAGCCAUCCUCAUCUUGGGACCUGAUAACUCUGAAACGAGACGGUCGGCCUCCUUACACCUUGUGUAAACGGGACGCGAAAUGCAAUCCCCUCGUCCUCCACUUCACCGACUCAGGUAGAAGAGCGACCUGGGACGGGCCCAAAUCUUGGGGCCUGCGCUUAUACGUCACAGGGACCGAUCCGGUGGGUCUGUUCUCUCUAAAUAGACAAGUCUCUCCCCUGGCCACUCGACCCAUUGGACCCAACCCAGUUCUACCAGAUCAGAAGCCUCCCUCGCUCCCGGCA